AUGCCUGCGGCCUGCGGCGCCACGGCCUCCGCCACCGGCUCUCACGACGUCCACCCAUUUUCGACGUUCAGCGCCCCGCUGUCCUCCAACAGCUCGACGCAUAUGUUGUUCUCCGCCUGCGCCUUCGACAUUCGCGCUGAAGCCCCUAAUCAGGGCCAUCAUCCGGACCACGCCCAGUCUCGAUCAAAAUAUACCCAACUUGUCGAGGUUUCGGAGUCAAUCCGGGGCCUGCAUUCCAAAAGCGGAGUCCGCGCCGACUCUUCACAGAAAGAAAAUAACUGUGGGAGUGAGAGCGGCCCAAGCCAGACGCCCCGAUCGCACACGGCCUUAGGGGUGCGCACCACGUCGCAGGCCGCGCCAUCCGCCCGUAUGGUACCAGCAAAAAGACAAAACCUUGCUACUUUGAGUGCGGCCCAGGACAAGGACCCACCCACGGCCGGACACGCUGACUAUCGAAUUCCCGGCAGCGCAGAUGGUCUAAAGUUAGGCCUAGGGAGGAUGAUAAGCCUGAACUGCCCCGAGCCGCUUUCCUCGUCGUCUCCCCAGCACAACCCGGACUGGUCCCUGGUCUCGCGUGGCCUCGCAGAACCAACUCCGACUCCGGGACCGAUCACGAGCCUAAAACACGCAACUGCGAAUACCACCCUUGGCGCUGGCGAGAGGCCCCCAGAACCAGAGAUCGAGGCAACCGACAGAGGGGGACGGACAUCUUGA